AUGAACUGCCUCAUAGAUACUCUAUUACUCAUCUUGGUCUUUUACUGCUUAAGCGCAGUUAGUGGGGCACCAAAAACUACAGAUGAAGACACUUUGGUAUUAGUCCAUAUCUUAUUUAGGCAUGGCAACCGUACACCAGAUUCAAUUCCUUACAAAAACGACCCUAUUUCAAAUGAAAGCUAUUAUAUGCCCUAUGGAAUGGGACAGAUAACUAAUAAAGGUAAAAGAACUGCAUACCGCAUGGGAACCUCUCUACGAAAAAGAUACGACAAUUUCUUAGGGGACACCUACAACAUUGACCUUUUGGACGCUAGAACCACAAACUUCAACAGAACCAAAAUGUCUUUGCAAUCGAUGCUGGCAGGUUUAUGGCCGCCGAAAGGCGAUCAAAUUUGGAAACCUUGGCUCAAUUGGCAACCGAUACCUUACAAUCAUUUAUUAAAUGACAAAGAACUUGGAAGUACCGGUAUCUGCGAGAACUACAUUGAGUUGGUUAAUGAGUUAGAGAAUUCAGAUGAAAUCCAAAAAUUACUGUCCAAAUAUAAGGAUGUGUAUGAGUAUGUUUCUGAGCAUGCUGGAACAAAUGUCAGCACUCCUAACAGCGUUUUUGGUUUGUAUUUUUUUGGGGAUGCACAGCGAGACUUUGGUUACGCUUUGGAAAGCUGGCUGGAAUCAGUAUGGUCCGAUUUGGAAAAAAUCACCAAAGACACGUACUAUAUUGCAACCAAUACGACGACCUUGAAAAAAAUCGCAGGUGGGUUCCUACUGAGAAAAAUCAUCAACGAUUCUAAAGCAAAAAUUGAGCAAACCCUUAUUCCUCAACAUAGAAAAAUGUUCAUUUAUUCGGGUCACGAAGUGAAUAUAGCUUAUUUACUGAUAACGCUUGGUGUAUAUGACGACUCAAUUCCUACUUAUGGGAGUUACGUUUCGAUCGAAUUGCACAGAAUCGAUGGUAUUGUUGGAUUUAAGGUAUUUUAUCAAAAUUGGACCACCAAAGAACCUAUACUUUUAACCAUUCCUGGCUGUGACGCUUUUUGUCCAUUUGACGAUUUUGUUGAUCUGCUUUCUGAAGUAAUUCCUACUGAUGAUGAUUGCACAAUUUCCUAAAUUACUUUGUGUUUAUUUUACUUGUGUAUUCUUGUGGCACUAAGCUUUGGAUUCUUUUAUCAUCGCCUAUUAUAGUCCAGUCAAAUGGUAAUUUUUUGGUAACGUGAAUGCGGUAGAAGGUUUUUCAACGGA